AUGAGGAAAAUCAAGAAAUGUCGUGUUUACGAUGACUCUUCUUCUUUUAGAUUUUUACCAGAUGAAGUUGUUCUCUUGAUAUUAAAUAAACUAAUUGACUUUAAAACCUUAUGCCUUUGCAAACUCGUUUCUACACGAUUCAAUUUGAUCGUCCAUCAAGUUGACACCAUUUCUUUCGUUGUUCCUCCAGUAUAUAGUUUCGAUUCAAUCCCCCCCACUGAUGUCGGAUUUCACAAGAAGCUUCUUCAGUUUUUCUUUAAACCCUUUCACCUUCUCCAUGGUGUGGUGGUUGCCCUUAGUAAGCGUCACGUUCCUGCUCUAUUUUUUGAAUGGGGUUUUUUUCAGUCUGCAAUUGACUCUAUGAGUAGGUUUAGAAGACUCAAGUCUCUAUCUAUGGAGCUCCCAUCUACCAAGAAACAUCUUAUUAACUGUACUUUUUUGUACAAGUGGAAAAUUAAGUUCAGUAAUAAAGUCGAAUCAUUUUUAUUUCUGUCACCCAAUUCUGUUUACAAUACGGCAGGAUUAUCAAAUGUUAAUGAAAUUGGUCUGGAACAAGAACUAGAGGAUCCUGACUUACAUGAGAAGAAAUUUGACUUGGCAUUUGAUGGUUUGUUGGAUGCGACUGUGAGGUAUAGGAUGUUAAUGGGUUACAUUGUUGAUUUUCCUUUGUUGGAAAAUGUUUUAAUUACGCAAUCAGGUAAAAGGGGGUCAGUUUCUUGUAGUGGUAGAAACAUUGUCGAGAUGAGAAAGUGGCUAUGUUCACCCGCUGAUGGUAUUGAGCAUAAGCUGGAUGAUUGCACGGAUUUUCCUUGUAGGUUGAGUCACUGCUACGUCCCUUUGUUGAAACUGCCAUUUUCAGGAUACCUGAUGAAGGGGGUAACUCUAUAUUUGAUGGAGAGGAAAGAUCUCCGAGAUGGAGAUAAAAGUUUUAUGAACAUUAAUAUGGAUGAUUUUGAAGAUAAAGAAGAGGCUGCAUAUGGUGAAGCCAUGAUGGAGAUGCUGAAGAAGCUUAGGAGCCAGAUAUAGAGGACGUUAUACGGAUCAUGUGUAUGCUCUGAACUUUUAAACAAUCAACUUUCUAUUCCAAGUGCUACACAUAUUUACUUAGAAUUAGUUUUUAUCUGUCUAUAUACAUGAACAACUUGACUUUUGAUGUUUCUUAGGUAAUUUUGCUUUGAUCCUUGCUGUAUUGGUAGCUUUUUG